AAGCGGAUCCACCGUGAAAUCGGGGACCUCAAGAAAGAAGACCCGGGUGCGAUUGUGUUAGCUCCGACGGAGGAGAAUCUUUAUCUGUGGAAAGGAAGUAUCCCGGGUCCGGAAGGAAGUGUUUAUGAAGGAGGGGUGUUUAAUGUGGAGGUGGUCCUCCCCCCAGAUUAUCCGUUUACUGCGCCAAAAGCCAUGUUUAAGACGAGGAUAUACCACAUGAAUAUUUCCGAACAGGGGAAUAUAUGCAUUGACAUUCUGAAACAGAACUGGUCUCCUGCUCUAUCUCUAUUCAAAGUCAUGCUCUCCCUAUCGUCCUUACUCACGGAUCCCAAUCCAAAAGACCCACUUGUUCCCUCCAUAGCCACUCAAUACACCCGCAACCGCCAACUCCACGACACAACCGCACGCCAAUGGACGCAAAUGUACGCA